AUGGGCCGCCACACCCUCCACGUGGAUGCCGAGGCGAAGGUCAGCCACUAUGUCUGUGACUACACUGGCAUCCCAAUGAAGGGGCCCGGCUGCUUCAUGCCCUUCUGGAAGACGCCCACCUCUCGCAUGACCAAGCGCGGCAACUACUGCUGCUGGGAGGCGGUGCUGCAGCACGCCCGCGCCACCGCCGACCGAGACAUCCUGCCCAAGGUCGAGCGCCGGAUGCUGCACGAGCACCAGCUGCUGCUCGCGCUGCCGGACGAGGGCGGAUGGCCUGGCGAGGAGCGCGGCGACGAGAUCUCCGCGUGGCGGAUGCGCGAGCGGAUGAAGACUCCGUCGCUCGUGCUCGUGUUGGCGCUCAACAUUGGCGUCGACCCGCCCGACGUGACCAAGCCGACGCCGUGCGCGAGGCUCGAGUGCUGGCUCGACCCGCUCGCCGGGCCGGUCGCGGGCCAGAAGGCGAUCGAGGCGAUCGCGACUGCGCUCCAGCAGCAGUACGAGCAGUGGCAGCCGCGCGGCACGAAGACCGUGCGGGCGUGCCUGGACCCGACGGCGCAGGAGGUGCGGAAGUGGUGCGCCUCGCUGCGCCGCGCGAGUCCCGGCCGCGACGAGCGGCUGCUGCUCCACUUUAACGGUCACGGCGUGCCGCGGCCGACAGUCAACGGGGAGGUCUGGCUCUUCAACCGCACCUUCACCCAGUACCACCCCGUCUCGAUCCUCGACCUGCUCUCGUGGCUCGGCACGCCGUGCGUCCUCGUCUUUGACUGCCACAACGCGGGGCGGCUGAACGAGGCGCCGCCCGAAGGGGAGGGCUGGCACUCGUGUGCUGUCCCGUUGACAUGUGUCUGCGAUCCUCAGGCGCUCGCCGCGAUGGGGCGGGCGGGCGAGGCGGCGCCCAAAGUCGGCCACGACGUGAUCGUGCUCUCUGCCUGCGCCGCGCACGAGGAGCUGCCAACCUCGCCGGAGCUGCCCGCCGACCUCUUCACCGCCUGCCUCACCUCGCCGCUCCGCGUCGCCCUCUCGUUCGUCCGGCGCGAUGGCCUCGUGGCGCUGCCCGACGAGCUGCUCGAGAGGCGCGCCUCGCUUGGCAUCUCGGCGCAUCUCGGCGCAUCUCGGCGCAUCUCGGCGCGUCCUCGUCGCAGGGUGCCUGGCUCGCCGUCGGAGCGGCGCACGCCUGCCGGGGAGCUCAACUGGAUCUUCACGGCGGACAUGCUCCUCGCCUCGCUCUGCCGCAACUUUCUCCUCGCGCAGCGCGUGUUUGCGCGGUAUGACCUCCACCCAAUCUCCUCGCCGCCGCUGCCAGAGGCGCACGGCCAGCCGCCGCGGGACACGUGUCGCGCGAGCCCGGAGGGCGGUGCGGGCCUCGCACGGCCUGGCGGCCCGUCCUGCUCUCCCUCUCCGCCGGCGGUGCCACCCUCCUCCUUCUUCACCGAGCAGCUCACAGCCUUCGAAGUCUGGCUCUCGCGCGGCGCGGCGGAUGCGGCGGCGCCGGAGCAGCUGCCCAUCCUGCUGCAGGUGCUGCUCUCUCCGACGCACCGCUACGCCUCUUUGCUCCUGCUCGGCCGCUACGUCUCCCUCGGCCCCUUUGCGGUGCGGGAGACGCUCGGCGUCGGCAUCUUCCCCUACGUGCUCAAGCUGCUCUCCUCCUCGCCGACGGCCGAGCUGAGCACGCCGCUGCUGUACUUGUGGGCCGCCACGAUGCUCUACGACCGCUCGACGCGGAUCGAGCUGCUCAACCACCAGGCGCAGCCUCAACGGACUCACUAG